AAUUCAUUGGACUGAAGCUGCUUAUAGUACUCACUUAACUGAGGAACACACCACAGACACCUUGCUAACAAAACAGUGGCUCAGAUCUUACUUGCUCCUGCUUAUGAAAUAUUCCCAAUCACUGGUCAUCUGACCCUUCUUGAGCAUUCACAGACAGUCAUUUUUAAAAAAUCUUCUUUUAUAUCAAGUCAGUAUACCUCUAUAAACUUUACCAUGGGUGUUAGGAAAUCUAGUCACUCUUCCCUGUGAUUGCCCUUUUAAGUAUUUAAAAAUAGCUAUCAUGUGUUUCCCAAGUCUUUUCUUCUCUAGAUUAAAUAUCUUCAGUUACUUUAACCAUUCUUUUACACCUCAUGAUUGUUGAUCCUUCAUUAUACUGUCACAUUGUUGACUUAUUAAACAUAUUUAGCUACUUUAUUUCAACUCUAUACAGGAGGUAUUUCAAACCCAAGCACAGUAGUGUGUUAUAUCUCAUCUUGUUAGAGUUCUCUUGUGGGAUGUUGCAGACUCACAGUGACUGUAGUAUUGCCUCUUAAGCAAGGAUAGACCCCAAAAGGAGUAAUAGGGAAACCAUAGUCUUGGAAUGUGUAAGAGUACAACUUGAGGUUUGGGGCGGGGAGUAGUCAGAUGACUUCAGCUCCUACUGAAGGGAGUGGAGAUUAGUUCAGUGCCUGCCUGGAACAAAACCCUCUGGCACUCGAGACUGAUUGGCCAAAUAUCUGGGAACAGCUUUCUGCCUCUUUAGUGUAGAGAAUUUAUCAUAUGUCAGAAAAUCUCCUUUUAAGAGGAAAGGAAUCAAGUAGUUCAAUUCCUUCCCUGUACAGAAGAGGAAACACCUGGACCAUUAGCAGCAGAGGGACCACAACUCACGUCAGUGCAAAGGAGCCAAGUAUUACACCAUUCUAUUGUGCCAGCUCAGGUUAUGCCAGUUUUGUUGUUGAGAGGACUGGUAGGAAAGUGCUUUCCAUUGCAGAGGAGCUUUGCUCAUUCUACACAGAAGCCCCUUGACACUGCCUCAUGAAAUCCCACUUUCAGUGGUAGAAAAGAUGGGGCCUAGGGAACCAUGUCGUUGAGGUGUUGGCAGCCCUGCUCCUGCUGCUGGGUCCCUGCCCUAAUCUAAACCUCCAAAAGAAAAGCAGGAAAAUGCUUUCAGGCCUUGCUUUCUUUCUCUACCAUAAGCCCUUUUUUCCCCAGGCCACACCCCUUCCAAACUUUCCUCCUGAUAUAUACACUAUACUAUCCAUGGGUUCCUGCACUUUAAUUCCUUUGUCCCUUUGUUCACACUAUUCCCUGCUCCUGGAGUGUCCUUUUCCACCAUCUCCACCUAAGUCCUAUUCAUUGUUCAAGGUCCCAGUUCAAGUUCCACCUUCACCAAGGGGCCUGCCAGGUUUCUCCAGUAAAAAUUAUUCUCCCUUCCACGUGUUCUCAAGAGGAAAGGAAGGAAAAGCAGCCAAAUAAGUGUUUAUUAGGCAUUUGAUCUAUUUCAAGUACUUUAGCAUAUGUUCCUUAAUUUAACCCUAUGAGGUCGAUAUUGCCCAAUUUUACUUGAUAAAAAUAAGAUUCUGAGAGGUUAAGCAACCUGAAUAAGGUCACAUAACUAUUGAGUGGUGGCAGAUAGUCUGACUUCAGAAUACAGCUUUCCAGCUUAGCACAUUUGAUCUUUGCAUUUACUGGUGUAACUUCACUCCUGUAGCAUGGUGCUAUGCAUAUAGAAACCUUUGGUUAAUGUUUGUGACAUCGAAUUCUCUUGCUUCCUUACUGUGUUUCUCCAGUAUCUGUACAGGAUUCUCCCUGCCUUAAUCAUAUAGGAAUUGAGUAAAUUGGGGCUGGAGCUAGUCAGGUAAAGACCCUGAAAGAGACAGAUAUGGCUGCCUCCUGAAGUGUGAGCUCCCUGGAGAUGAUUAAGCAAAAGCAGUCAGCCUGACAAAUCUGCCAGGGAUCUUGUAAAAGUUUCCACUACCCUAGAAAGAAUGCUGCAGUAUAUUCGCAAAAUUUUAGAAUGUUAGAGCUGGAAAGGGAUUAGGAAAUCACCUAAUCUAAUGGUUUAUGAACCCUUAGUUGUGGGCCCUUGUUUUAAUGUAGAAGUAUACGUGUAUUUUUAAAAAAUUGAGGUAAAGAAGAACCUGUGAUACCCCCUCCCCAAACAAGUAUAAACCUCUAAAACUGAGGAGCCCAGUUUGAAAAGCACAUAGUCCAACCUACUCAUUUCAUAGAUGAGGAACUUAGUCUAGUGAAGACCAAGGCUGCAAGCCCGCUAGUUAUGAAACCAGUAUCCAUCUAAACCUGAGGUUCUGUAAUCCGAAUGCUUUCCACGGAGGAGUCAUCUUUACGCAGCAUUUCUAAAGACUACUGUGGACAAAGCACUGAACAAGUUGCUAUGAGGACGACAAACAUGAACAAGACCCAGUCCCACCCAUUCAGGAGCUCACAGUUGAGGCUAGUGAAGAACUUAAAGAAAGCAUGGCACUUUGGCGGGCAUACCAGCGGGCUCUGACUGCUCAUCCGUGGAAAGUGCAGGUCCUGACAGCUGGGUCUCUCUUGGGCCUGGGUGAUGUUAUCUCACAGCAGCUGGUGGAGAGACGUGGUCUGCGGGCACACCAGACUGGCCGGACCCUGAUCAUGGUCUCCCUGGGCUGUGGCUUUGUGGGCCCUGUAGUAGGAGGCUGGUACAAGGUUUUGGACCGGCUCAUCCCUGGCACCACCAAGGUGGAUGCACUAAAGAAGAUGCUGUUGGAUCAGGCGGGCUUUGCCCCAUGUUUUCUGGGCUGUUUCCUCCCAUUGGUAGGGGCACUCAAUGGACUGUCACCCCAGGACAAUUGGGCCAAACUCCAGCGGGAUUAUCCUGAUGCCCUCAUCACCAACUACUAUCUCUGGCCUGCUGUGCAGUUAGCCAACUUCUACCUGGUCCCUCUUCAUUACAGGUUGGCUGUUGUCCAGUGUGUUGCUGUUAUCUGGAACUCCUACCUGUCCUGGAAGGCACAUCGGCUCUAAAUCUGCCUCACUCCAUCAUUUCAAGCUUGCAGUGAUGCAGCUUGACCCUGGAAGGAUCAGACCACUUCCUCAAAGUGGGCACAUUGGUUUUCACAGGGUUCGGUGGCUGGUCAGAAUUUAAUGGUAUUAGCACUCUGAAAUGGCCCGUUUCACUCUAAAAUGUAACCUGACUCCUACUAAAAUCGCUAAAACCUUUAUAAUGGUCUUAAACCCACCACAUAGUAGGCACUCUAUAAAUAUUUGUUGAACCAUA